AUGGAAACAUCACCACAAAUAUUUAAACGAUCAGAAUGGUCCUACCUUAAUCUUGAAUUAGUGGUUGAUCCACAGUAUGUGAAGGAACAACCAGAAUUAUAUAAAAAUAUCAGCAUGGACUUUAUAUCGUGGAAAAGUAUCAUCAAGGCAAGUUUAGGGAAGCUCUAUGGAAUAAUAGGUGAAUCCAUACAUCUAGAUAUCUUGGAUAUGCUGAAGAUUAAUAUACCCGCGAAAGUAUUGGUGAGAAUUCCACGGGAAGACAACGAAAAACUUGUUAAUAGCUUGAUGGCUUUUACAUUCAAGUUGAGUGCCUAUGGAGGAGAAAUAGAUUCUGCAUGUCACGUUAGAGUGAAUAAAUCAGCAGAUUAUUUAGGACUUGUACUUGAUAAUGAUUUUUAA